GUUACAUUUCUUACCCACGUACUGAGACUACUUCGUACGCAAAAAACUUUGAUUUUAAUGAAGUUCUAAGGGCUCAUUCGAAUCAUGAUAUAUGGGGGCCAUAUUCUAAAGAACUAUUAGAUAAUGGAAUCGAGCGUCCUACGGGAGGGGUUGAUGUCGGCGAUCACCCGCCCAUAACACCUACGCGAUCAGCGCGGGAAGGCGAAUUGUCUGGAGAUUCAUGGAGAAUUUACAACUAUAUAACUCGGCAUUUUUUAGGAUCGAUAAGUCCCAAUUUAAGAUACCAGAAAACCAGUUACACGAUCAAAGUCGGCAAUGAAUAUUUCGAAUGUUCGGGAUCGAAAGUGAUUCAACCUGGAUUUUCGUCAAUCAUGCAUUGGCGCACGAUGUCAGAUCAAAAUAUUCCAGAGUACCGUCAAGGUGACAUCUUGAAAGUUGUUAGUGUUAAUACGACUGAAGGAAAGACCAGUCCACCAGAUUACCUAACGGAAAGUGAAGUCAUCAGUCUGAUGGAGAAGCAUGGCAUAGGUACUGACGCCUCUAUACCCGUUCACAUUAACAAUAUAUGUCAGAGAAAUUAUGUUUCGGUUCAAUCUUCGGCGCGAAAAUUGGUUCCAACAAAUUUAGGGAUUGUUUUAAUUCAUGGAUAUCGUAUCCUUCGUGUUUGUCAAGUGAUUUAUCGUGUAGAAAAAAUCGAUCCUGACCUGUCGCUGCCUACAAUGCGAAGUGAUGUUGAGAAACAGCUGAAUUAUAUUGCAACGGGAAAAGCCGCAUAUACUGAAGUUUUAGAUCAUUCCUUGCGGUUAUUCCGAGAAAAAUUUAAAUACUUUAGGGAGAAGAUCGAUCAGAUGGAUGAAUUAUUCGAAGCUACAUUUUCCCCUCUCGCUUCAACUGGUAAAAUUUUGUCAAGAUGCGGGAAAUGCAAACGCUAUAUGAAAUAUAUUUCGAUGCGACCGCAACGUCUACACUGUCCACAUUGUGAUGAAACAUAUUCUUUGCCGCAAAAUGGGACUAUCAAGUUGUAUAAGGAACUCCAAUGUCCGCUUGAUGACUUUCAACUGGUGUCAUUUUCUACUGGAUCGAAGGGUACCGGUUAUCCCAUAUGUCCUUAUUGUUAUAACAACCCUCCUUUCGAAAACAUCAAAAAAG